AGGCAACCAGCCAUCCAAUGAAAAGAACGCAUUGAGUUUACCUCACUUCCACGUGUGCUUGUUUGCGGAAGGAGUGAUGCUGCUCGCAUGACAGAGAGACGGAGAGUAUUUCACGAUGCAUGAAACUUCACAAUUUAUUACUUGUGGAUUCAUGUUUUGUUUAUUUUGCAAAAAUGACUACCCUGUUGUCUGCAAAAAACACACAACAGUGGAAAUUGGAUUAACGUUACACUACAGCGAGUGACUGCCUACUACAAGCUGCAACCUAUCACGGUCCAGAGUGACGAUAAUGAAGAAGAGGACCGAAACUGAUACGCUGCUAAAUUAUCUUCACCUGAGAGGAGGUGAAAGGUGGCCUCUCUGGGAUGGGAAGCUCCACCUGCACCGAGGAGCACCAGAAUACUUUCACUUUGUCCACACCGAGGAUUGAAACCUGUCACUCAAACCUGACGAUGUUCAGCAAACAUUCCGUCUACGGUGCUACAGCAGCAACACCAGUCUCAACUUUGCAGGGUCGAUCCACUCCACCUGCCAAUACAUCCCUCAAUGAAACACCGAACAGCUCGUUCAACCUGGUCGCAGGAGAGAUGACACGAGCCACUGAGGAGCUGAGGAUUGUGCUGGUGGGGAAGACUGGAUCUGGGAAGAGCGCCUCAGGAAACACCAUUCUUGGCUGUGAGUUCUUUAAAUCAGGGAUGAGCCCCAGGUCUAUUACUGAUGAGUGCUCCAAGGCCAGAGCGAUGGUGGACGGACAAGACGUGGUGGUUAUUGACACCCCAGGUCUGUUUGACACCAGGCAUGGGGUGAACACAACAUGUAGACACAUCAGCCAGUGCAUCUCUUACGCUUGUCCAGGACCCCACGUCUUCCUGAUCGUCAUCGCACUGGACAGGUUCACUGAGGAGGAGAUGAAGACAGUGGAGCAGAUUCAGGAGCUGUUUGGCCAUGCUGCAGACAGAUACAGCAUGGUCCUGUUCACUCGAGGCGACGAUCUCCAAGGAACCACUAUCGAGGAGUUCAUCGGGGACUCCCCAGAGCUUCAGGAACUCGUGAACAGAUGCCACGGCCAGUACCACAUCUUUAACAAUGAGCUGAAGACUGGCCAUCAGGUCACCGAGCUGCUUCAGAAGAUCAGAAAUAUAGUGCGGAAUAACGGAGGAAGCCACUACACCAGCGAGAUGUUCCAGGAAGCCGAAAGAUUAGUCAAUGAGGAGAAACAGCGCAUCCUGAAAGAGAAGGAGGAAGAAAUGCGCAUCAAAAGGGAGAAAAUGAAGAGCGAAAUGCAAUCAGUGUACAAACAACAGCUGGGGAAUCUUAAAGAGCAUUAUGAGGCUGAAAGGAUGGAAGACAGGAGGGUCAGAGAAGAGGAAAUAGAAGCAAUGCAGUCCAGGCUGAAUAAACUGACAUGGGAGUGUGUGAGGUUAAUCAAUGGAAAGUUGAAGAUGGACGUGAACAGGCGCAUGGAGAAGAAAAAUAUGCAGCUGGUGGUGGCGAAGGAGCGUCGGGACAAAGAGAAGAUGCAGGAGGAGAUGCAGAGUAUGUUGGAGGAGUUAACCAAGCAAAAUGAUGAGGACAUGAUGGAGAUGCAGAAUCAACUGCAGCAGCAGCAAUGGGAGAUAGAAAUGCUGAGAAUGGAGCUUCAGCAGAGAGAUGAUGCAGCGAGGAGGGAGAGAGCGCUCAGCAGAGUUAGUUGGAAAGCAGAAUAAACCGAGUUAUUCAGGGAACAGAAUGAAAGAAGAGUGAAAGCCAUGAAGAAAACUUUGGAGGAGAAGCAUGAAAGAGAGGCCAGAGAAAAAACUGAAGAUAGAAAUCCAGCGAUGGCCUUAGUGGAUGGUGGAGUUGGACUAUGCAAAAAAAUGUGAGGAUUUCUGGAUGUUUGUUUAGCUAGUUUGGAACCCACAGGUGGAGAUUUCAGGGUCGAUGAAGGGGGACAACAGUUAGAACACAUACAUUUAUCUCCACAUUUUAUAAACUAUCAAAAACAAUUGACAGAUAUUUUAACAGUUCACUUAUUGCUCUACUUCACAGCAAGGUGGACGUAUCCAGGCCUGCUUUGCACUGACUCAACAACACCUCAAACCUCAACCAGACUCAAAAUAUUGAUCACAGUUAAACAAUAAAAGUAAAAGGACGUUAAGAGAAGGAUAAAAAUGUGAA